AUGUUUCCUUUACCAACUGACCAAAUCGACUAUGGUGAAGCAAUCCCAAACUCACAAAGACAAAACUAUUCAAAGAUAUAUAGACCAAAAUCUCUAGUCAACCUUGACAUCUCAAAUCCAAACGAUCAACCAAACUUGCUAACAUACUUGCAUCCCUUCUUGGACACCUAUUUCAAGUUUUUUGAAAUUGCUAGCAAUUUAUGGCCUAACCAUAACUGUCUAGGCGAAAGAUUGUUCAACCAACAACUCAACUCUCACAACGAUUACUACACUUUUCAAACCUUUGAUCAAAUCAAACAGAGAAGAAACAAUCUAGGCUCUGGUAUCCUAAAAAUCGUUAGAAACAACAAAAACUAUCAAAAUUUCAUCAAAAAUGAUCCCAAUAUCUACUCCCACUCGGAUUUCAAUUAUGAGUUUAUACUAACUCUUUACUCAUCCAAUAGAAUAGAAUGGGCUCUAACUGAUCUAGCUUGUCAAGCUUACAGUUUACCCAAUACCACUCUAUAUGAUACACUUGGUUCUGAGACCUCGAAUUAUAUCUUAAAUUUAACUCGAUCUCCCAUUGUUUUUUGUUCUCGUCAGAAUAUUAUAAAACUCUUAAAUUUGAAAAAGACUUUUGAGUCAAAAUUGACUAAAUUUUUAAUCAUCGUUUCAUUUGACGAGUUGGACUUCAAACAAAAAAAAGAAGAUCAAUCCUUGAAAGAAUUGGCUGAAUCGUUGAAUUUGGAAUUAUACGAUAUAAAUGAAGUCGAAACCGCCGGUAAAUCAUUCCCAUUACCUUUAAACCCAUCAGGGCCAAAUGACUUGUACACCAUAUCGUUCACUUCUGGUACCACUGGUGUUCCCAAGGGUGUUGAAUUAACUCAAAGGAACCUAUGCGCUGGUCUUGCGUUGUAUCAACAGAACAACUACACACAAUACCAACCAAGAACUUUGGCAUUUUUACCAUUGGCUCAUAUUUAUGAAAGACAAUUCUUAGCAUUUGAGUUAGUCUCCGGCGGAGCAAUUGGAUUCCCAAGUUCAGCUAAUCCUGUGAUUUCAUUGAUUGAGGAUUUGAAAUCUUUAAGACCUUAUUCUUUCAACUCUGUUCCAAGGGUUUUCAAUAAAAUUGAAAGCUCAAUUAAAUUGUUAAUCAAACACUCAAACGAUCCUAAAAGCCAAUCACUCAAAGAAGAAAUACUAAAAAAUGAACAACAAAAGGAAAAGGAAAAGGAUAAAAAACAAAAAAGUAAUAACCAACCUCAUUGGUUGUUUGAUAAGGAAACUGUUGACAAAUUUCGUCAAGUAUUUGGGUUUCAUAAUACUCGUUUUUUCGUCACUGGCUCAGCACCUAUUGCUCCAGAAACUGUUAAGUUUUUAAGAGCAGCUUUGGGACUUGGUUUUAGACAAGGGUAUGGACUAACUGAGUCUGUUGCUUGUAUAACUAUCGGUAUACCAUUUGAAAAGGAUCCAAGUGCAUGUGGAGUUGGUGGAUUGACCAUUGAGUAUAGAUUAAGAGACGUUAAGGAAAUGAAUUACAUCUCAAACAAUCCAGAUGGAAUCCCCAAGGGUGAGUUAAUGAUUAGAGGGCCACAAAUAUUUUUGGGAUAUUUCAAAAACGAAAAAGCUACUUCAGAAUCAUUUGAUGAAGAUGGGUUUUUCCACACUGGCGAUAUUUGUAAAGUCAAUCCAAACAACAGAAAUCGGUUAUAUAUAAUUGACAGAAUUAAAAACUUUUUUAAAUUAUCUCAGGGAGAAUAUAUUAGUCCCGAAAAAAUUGAAACAGUUUACCUCACAGCUUCUCCAAUGGUUCAACAAGCAUUUGUUUAUGGAAAUUCAUUGAAAAGUUAUCUAAUUGGAAUCUUUGGUGUCGAUUUAAUUAACACUCAUUCUUUUUUAAAAAAACCUAUCAUCUUAUAUCUAAACAAUCAGGUUGAAAAAUUGUCCCUGAGAAUGAAUCGUAAAUUGUUGCAGAAUUAUGAAAAAAUACAAAACCUUGAGUUUGCAAUCAACCCGUUGACUAUUGAGGACAACUUGAUUACACCAACAAUGAAGGUGAGAAGAGCCAAUUGCAGUAAGCAUUUUGACGAAGCACUCGACAAGUUGUAUUUGGAAGGAUCGCUAGUCAAGGACAGUAAGCAGCUAUUAAAAGUUCUUGAGGAGGACGAAAGCUGA